AUGGCGGAGCAGGACCUGACCAGCAGGGUAGCUCCCUUCCUGGACCGGCACCUGGUUUCCCCUCUGCUGGAGGUCCUGUCAGUGAAGGAGAUCUACAAUGAGAAGGAACUUCUUCAGGGAAAGCUGGACCUCCUCAGCGAGACAGACAUGGUGGACUUCGCCAUGGAUGUCUACAAAAACCUGUACCUGGACAAGGAAAUCCCACCGUCCUUGAAGGAGAAGAGGAGCUCUGUGACGCAGCUCCAGUCAGAGACAGAGCCCAUCGUCAAGAUGUUUGAAGAUCCAGAGACCACACGGCAGGUGCAGUCCACGAGAGACGGGAGGAUGCUGUUUGACUGCCUGUCAGAGAAACACAAUUUCCGUCAGGAGUACCUGGACACGCUGUACAGGUACGCCAAGUUUCAGUACGAGUGUGGUGACUACUCCGGGGCUGCUGAGUACCUGUACUUCUUCCGCGUCUUGGUAAGUUCCCUCAACAGGAACUCCUUGAGCUCUCUGUGGGGGAAACUGGCUUCUGAGAUCCUGAUGCACUGGGAAGCAGCCAUGGAGGACCUCACUCGACUCAGGGAGACCAUUGAUAACAAUUCGGUGAGCUCUCUGCUCCAGUCACUCCAGCAGAGGACCUGGCUCAUCCACUGGUUCGUCUUCUUCAACCAUCCCAAAGGCAGAGACAAUAUCAUCGAGCUCUUCCUCUACCAGCCUCAAUACCUGAAUGCCAUCCAGGCAAUGUGCCCACACAUCCUGCGAUACCUUACAACCGCAGUCAUCACCAACAAAGACGUACGAAGGCGCCGGCAGGUCCUCAAGGACUUGGUGAAAGUCAUUCAACAGGAGUCGUACACGUACAAGGACCCGAUCACAGAGUUCGUUGAGUGUCUCUACGUGAACUUCGACUUUGACAGCGCCCAGAAGAAGCUCAGGGAGUGUGAGUCGGUUCUCGUGAAUGACUUCUUUCUGGUCGCCUGCCUUGAGGACUUCAUUGAAAACGCCCGUCUCUUCAUCUUUGAGACCUUCUGUCGGAUUCAUCAGUGCAUCAGCAUCAGCAUGCUGGCAGACAAGCUCAACAUGACGCCCGAGGAGGCGGAGCGGUGGAUCGUCAGCCUCAUCCGAAACGCCCGACUCGAUGCCAAGAUCGACUCCAAGCUGGGUCACGUGGUGAUGGGCAACAACGCAGUGUCGCCGUACCAGCAGGUGAUCGAGGAGACAAAGAGUCUGUCGUUCCGGAGCCAGAUGUUGGCAAUGAACAUCGAGAAGAAGGUUGCUCACAGCAACAGGAACGAGACUCCAAACUGGGCAGCUCAAGACUCCGGCUUCCACUGAACUGGAAAUCGGUGUCAGGAGGAUUCAGAUGCUUUUAGUAUGUUAUCAAGGCUUUUUAUUGCAUUCAAGAGUUUAUUAGAUUAUUUAUUAUAGUUUAUUAUGAAUU